AUGAAAGUUUUCCUUUCGCUCCGUCCUGAAACAAUGCUGCCCAAACUGUUUAAUUUACAUCCUCAACAGCGCAACAAAAAGGCCGGCACUGACAUGCGCAGACACACCGAAAGGCUAGUGUCUAAGCAUGCAGCAGCCGCGGCGCGUCGCAGCAAAAAGAACGAAUUAUAUAUAGGAGGCGCCACACGAGCAGCAUUUAAAAGUAUGAGAAUAUUUUCACAAAAAGCCACACAUUCAACUCCCGGCACAUUCAUUUUAUGA